ACUUUAGGGUUUUCAUUGUGUAAAGAGUCUCUUUCUCUCUCUCUGGCUCUGUAAUUCAACCCUAAAUUCACAGACCUUUGAAAAAAUUGGCUGAUGCAGUCCGUAAUUGUAAAGAUUCUAACCGAUAUUUUCCCAUCAAUCGCUGAUUUCUUUGGUUAUUGCGUGGCUGAUUGAAAUUCCAAUUCCAUUUCGAAGAGCAAGAAGAGGAAUAUAGGGUUUGCUCCAGCUGAUUCGACAGCAGAGCUUCGAUCGUUUCAAGAAUCCGGUGCGGGCAGAUGCAGCGUGGGAGCGGAUCUCGAAGCGACUCGUGAUCGCCCCGCCCGCCCAGGGGUGGCCGGAGCGAGCGUCGAACCCUAAGGUUUGGUCGCUUUUGUAUGGAAACUCGGAGCCGGAAGCGGGCGGAGGCCACAUCAGCAGCGCCCUCUUCUUCCUCCUCCGGUCCCACCACCCGUUCCUCCAAGCGUGCACGCCUCCUCUCCUCUGCCGCCACGUCAUCCGCCUCCUCCGCCGCGCUCUCCUUGAUCUCCACCCGCUCCCGCUCCUCCGCCGCUGCCAAAGUUAACGACCACCCUAUGGACCCCACCACCGAGUCCUCCGGGUCCCGCCGCCGGGGUCGAAACUCGGAUAACAGAGACAAUUCCGAGAAAGGGAAGGAAAAGGAGCACGAGAUUAGGGUUAGGGAUAGGGAUAGGGAUAGGGAUAGAGAUAGAGAUAACGAACGGAGCUUGGGUCUGAACGUCGAUGCGGGCUGCGAUGACGAUGACAACGACAGCGAGGGCGGCGGAGUCGGAAUUCUGCACCAGAAUCUGACCUCAGCAAGCAGCGCCCUCCAGGGGCUGCUGCGGAAGCUCGGGGCGGGGCUAGACGAUCUUUUGCCAUCAUCGGGGAUGGGCUCGUCGUCCGCCUCGCACCAGAGUGGGCGGCUGAAGAAGAUUCUCUCUGGGCUGAGGGCUGACGGGGAGGAAGGGCGGCAGGUCGAGGCGCUGACGCAGCUCUGUGAGAUGCUUUCUAUUGGAACUGAGGAGUCGCUGAGCACAUUCUCUGUUGAUUCGUUUGUACCGGUGCUCGUCGGGUUGCUGAAUCACGAGAGCAAUCCUGAUAUAAUGCUCCUUGCAGCGAGGGCGCUCACGCAUCUGUGCGAUGUGCUCCCUUCGUCCUGCGCAGCAGUUGUUCAUUACGGCGCAGUUUCUUGCUUUUGUGCGAGGUUGCUUACGAUUGAAUAUAUGGACUUGGCUGAACAGUCUCUACAAGCCUUGAAGAAGAUAUCUCAGGAACACCCAACUGCCUGUUUGCGAGCUGGUGCUCUUAUGGCAGUGCUUUCGUAUCUGGAUUUCUUUUCCACAGGAGUUCAGCGAGUGGCAUUAUCUACGGCUGCAAAUAUGUGCAAGAAACUCCCUUCAGAUGCAGCUGACUUUGUUAUGGAGGCUGUUCCCCUGUUGACUAACCUUCUUCAGUAUCACGAUUCAAAGGUGUUGGAGCAUGCUUCUGUUUGUUUGACUCGAAUUGCUGAAGCAUUUGCAUCAUCUCCAGAUAAAUUAGAUGAACUUUGCAAUCACGGUCUGGUUACUCAAGCUGCCUCGCUUAUUUCCACCAGCAAUUCUGGAGGUGGACAGGCAUCUCUCAGUGCUCCUACAUACACAGGUUUAAUACGACUUCUUUCCACUUGUGCAAGUGGGUCUCCUUUGGGAUCCAAAACUUUGCUUCUCCUGGGUAUCAGUGGCAUCCUUAAAGAUAUUUUAGCGGGUUCGGGCAUAUCAACUAAUGCGUCGGUUUCACCUGCUUUAAGUAGACCGGCGGAACAGAUUUUUGAGAUUGUGAACCUUGCAAAUGAGCUUCUCCCUCCAUUGCCGCAAGGAACCAUCUCCCUUCCAUCUAGCUCUAAUUUAUUUGUGAAAGGAUCUGUUGUUAAGAAGUCUUCGGCUGGCAGUUCUGGGAAACAGGAAGACUCAAAUGGAAAUGUUCCCGAGGUUUCAGCACGGGAGAAACUAUUAAAUGAUCAGCCUGAACUUCUUCAACAAUUUGGAAUGGAUCUCCUUCCUGUUCUGAUUCAGAUCUAUGGUUCUAGUGUGAAUGGCCCUGUUCGUCACAAAUGUCUUUCAGUGAUUGGAAAAUUGAUGUACUUCAGUACUGCCGAGAUGAUUCAGUCUUUAUUGAGUGUGACGAACAUAUCAAGUUUCUUAGCUGGUGUUUUAGCAUGGAAAGAUCCACAUGUCUUGAUUCCUGCCCUCCAAAUUGCUGAGAUUCUGAUGGAAAAGCUUCCUGGGACUUUCUCCAAGAUCUUUGUUAGAGAAGGUGUGGUACAUGCUGUGGACCAACUUAUUUUAGCUGGUAAUCCAAAUCCUGCACAGUCAUCUUCUGCUGAGAAGGAAAAUGAGUCCGGCCCUGGAACAUCAUCUCGCUCUAGGCGCUAUAGAAGACGGAGUGGAAGCACCAAUGUGGAUGGAGGUGCUUCAGAAGAAUCUAAGAAUCCCGGUUCAGUAAAUAUUGGAUCGCCUCCAAGUUCGGUGGAAAUUCCUUCUGUUAAUUCCAAUCUUCGUACGGCAGUCAGUUCAUGUGCUAAAGCUUUUAAAGACAAGUACUUCCCUUCAGAGCCUGGCUCUGUUGAAGUUGGAGUUACAGAUGAUCUUCUACAUUUAAAGAAUCUUUGCAUGAAGUUGAAUUCCGGUGUUGAUGACCAAAAGACUAAAGCAAAGGGGAAAUCUAAAGCUUCUGGGUCUCGCCUGGGUGAUAACUCUGUGAAUAAGGAAGAGUAUCUGGUUGGGGUUAUAUCUGAGAUGCUAUCAGAACUAAGCAAAGGGGAUGGUGUAUCCACUUUUGAGUUUAUUGGUAGUGGUGUGAUUGCUGCUUUGCUGAACUACUUCUCUUGUGGCUACUUUUCUAAGGAGAAAAUAUCAGAAGCUAACUUGCCCAAACUUCGCCAACAAGCACUUCGAAGAUUCAAGUCAUUUAUUGCUGUUGCUCUUCCUUCUAGUAUUGAUGAAGCAAGUGUAGCUCCUAUGACUAUCUUGGUUCAGAAGCUUCAAAAUGCUUUGUCCUCCUUGGAGCGUUUCCCUGUUGUGCUGAGCCACUCAUCUAGGUCAUCUAGUGGAAGUGCACGCCUCUCCUCUGGACUGAGUGCAUUGUCUCAGCCUUUUAAGUUGCGUCUCUCUAGAGCCCAAGGUGAAAAAUCUCUCCGCGACUAUUCAUCUAAUGUUGUACUGAUUGAUCCAUUGGCAAGUUUAGCAGCUGUUGAAGAAUUCCUUUGGCCCCGAGUUCAGAGAGGUGAAUCUGGUCAGAAGUCCACGCCAUCUGCAGGGAACUCUGAGUCUGGAACUACACCUACAGGAGCUGGUGCUUCUUCUCCAUCUACUUCUACUCCUGCUUCCACUACUCGUCGUCAUUCUACUAGAUCCAGAGCAUCUGUUAAUAUAGGUGAUGCAUCUAAAAAGGAUCCAUCACAAGAGAAAAGCACAAGUUCUUCGAAGGGAAAGGGUAAAGCUGUUUUGAGACCUGCUCAGGAGGAGGCUAGAGGACCUCAAACAAGAAAUGCUGCCCGUAGAAGGGCAGCGCUGGAUAAAGAUGCUCAGAUGAAACCUGUAAAUGGGGACUCUACUUCUGAGGACGAGGAAUUGGAUAUAUCUCCUGUUGAGAUUGAUGAUGCAUUGGUGAUUGAAGACGAUGAUAUCUCAGAUGAUGAGGAUGAUGACCAUGAAGAUGUGCUAAGAGAUGAUUCCCUUCCUGUUUGCAUGCCUGACAAAGUACACGAUGUGAAAUUGGGUGACUCAGCAGAGGAUAGUUUUGUUGCUCCAGCAGCAAGUGAUAGCCAGACUAAUCCAGUUUCUGGUUCUAGUAGCAGAGCUGCUACAGUUAAGGGCUCCGAUUCUGCUGAUUUUAGGAGCGGAAAUUCUUAUGGUUCAAGGGGUGCAAUGUCAUUUGCUGCUGCUGCCAUGGCUGGUCUUGGAUCUGCUAAUGGUAGAGGUUUUAGGGGAGGCAGAGAUAGGCAAGGGCGCCCUCUAUAUGGAAGUUUGAAUGAUCCUCCAAAAUUAAUCUUUACUGCAGGUGGGAAACAGCUUAAUAAGCAUUUGACUAUCUAUCAGGCUGUUCAGCGACAGCUUGUACUGGAUGAAGAUGACGAUGAGAGGUACGCAGGUAAUGAUCUCAUAUCUAGUGAUGGAAGCAGGCUGUGGAGUGAUAUUUACACUAUUACAUACCAGCGGGCAGAAAGCCAAGCUGAUAGGGCUUCUGUUGGUGGAUCAAGUUCUAAUACUACAUCAAAAUCCACCAAAUCUGGUUCUGCGGGUUCUAACUCUGAUUCCCAGUUGAAUCGAAUGUCACUUCUAGAUAGUAUCUUGCAGGGAGAACUUCCUUGUGAUCUGGAAAAAUCUAAUCCUACUUUCAACAUACUGGCACUUUUGCGUGUAUUAGAGGGUUUGAAUCAGCUUGCACCUCGUUUGAGAGCCCAAAUAGUUUCUGAUAAUUUUGCCGAGGGAAGAAUCGUGAGUCUGGAUGAGCUGAGAACAACCGGUGCCAGGGUUCUUUCAGAGGAAUUUAUUAACAGCAAGCUUACUCCCAAAUUAGCUCGGCAAAUUCAAGAUGCGCUUGCACUCUGCAGUGGUAGUCUUCCUUCAUGGUGCUACCAGUUGACAAAAGCGUGUCCGUUCUUGUUUCCCUUUGAGACCCGGCGACAGUACUUCUAUUCAACUGCUUUUGGGUUAUCUCGCGCUUUAUAUCGUCUUCAGCAGCAACAGGGUGCUGAUGGUCAUGGAUCAGCAAAUGAAAGAGAGGUGAGGGUUGGGAGAUUGCAGCGCCAGAAGGUCCGUGUCUCUAGAAACCGCAUUUUGGAUUCUGCUGCAAAAGUAAUGGAGAUGUAUUCUAGCCAGAAGGCUGUGCUUGAGGUAGAAUAUUUUGGUGAAGUUGGCACUGGAUUAGGUCCCACUCUUGAAUUCUACACACUUCUAAGUCAUGACUUGCAAAAAGUUGGACUUGAAAUGUGGAGAACAAAUUCUUCCUCAGGGAAGCCUUCAAUGGAAAUUGAUGGAGAUCAACAUAAAAAUGGAAAACCCAAUGAUGCUGAUGGGGACCUUGUCCAAGCCCCUCUUGGGUUGUUCCCUCGUCCCUGGUCUCCAAGUGCUGAUACUUCUGAUGGUAGCCAGUUCUCUAAAGUGAUUGAGUACUUCCGGUUGGUAGGGCGUGUGAUGGCCAAAGCUCUUCAAGAUGGACGGCUAUUGGACCUCCCACUGUCAACAGCAUUUUAUAAGCUCGUGCUUGGUCAAGAGCUUGAUUUGCAUGAUAUUCUUACUUACGAUGCUGAGUUAGGGAAGACUUUGCAAGAACUGCAAGUCCUUGUUUGCCGGAAACAACAUCUAGAAUCAACUAGUGGUGAUAAUAGUGAUGCAGUUGCGGAUUUACGUUUUCGUGGGGCUCCAAUUGAAGAUCUCUGCCUCGAUUUCACACUUCCUGGUUAUCCAGAAUACAUUUUGAAAUCUGGAGAUGAAAAUGUUGAUAUUUAUAACUUGGAGGAGUAUAUAUCCUUGGUAGUUGAUGCGACUGUCAAGACUGGAAUGAUGCGGCAAAUGGAAGCAUUUAGAGCAGGGUUUAAUCAGGUCUUUGACAUAACAUCUUUACAUAUAUUUACUCCGCAUGAAUUGGACUACUUGCUUUGUGGCCGUAGAGAGUUAUGGGAGGCUGAUACACUUGCUGAUCAUAUAAAAUUUGAUCAUGGAUACACUGCCAAGAGUCCAGCAGUAGUUAAUCUACUAGAGAUUUUGGGAGAGUUCACACCAGAGCAGCAGCGGGCCUUCUGUCAGUUUGUCACUGGUGCACCUAGGCUUCCACCUGGUGGUCUGGCAGUACUGAAUCCAAAACUUACCAUUGUGAGAAAGCAUUCUUCGUCCGCAAGUAACACAGCGGCAAACGGGACUGGGCUUUUAGAACCAGCAGAUGAUGACUUGCCAAGUGUCAUGACAUGUGCAAACUACCUGAAGCUUCCUCCUUACUCUACAAAGGAGGUUAUGUACAAGAAACUGCUUUAUGCGAUCAGUGAAGGGCAGGGAUCUUUUGAUUUAUCAUGAGUUUUUGGGACUAACCAAUCGACUUAUGUAUAUUGUAUCUCAGCAUUGAUUUCUCUUGCCUGCGAUAAUUUUGAUGUUGAAGGUCAAAUAAUGGCUUCCUUUUAGGUGCCUUUCUAAAGUAGCGCAUGAUCGAGUAAACUGUUUUCAGGUUGGAUCGCCAAAUUUUCAGGAAGCUGUAAAGGAAAUUGGAGAGCACCUUUUCAGCUGCUAGGGCUUGUAAAUAAAUAGGAAAUUGUUUUUUUUUUCUUCUUCCAAUGUUCAACUCAUUGGUGGUAGGAUAUACAUGUAUGGUAUGAAAUGUUAAAAGGAAAAAUAAAUAAUUUUUAAGUAUUAUUAUUAUGUCUUUUAAUUCUAUUGAAUUUCUUUACAUUUUUCCUAA